UAACGUGUGAUCGGCACCAGGGAGGCUUCCGGCGUCCCGCCGCAAAGCGAGACGGGAAACUAUUUUAAACUGAGGCGGCGGCUGAGCGCUGGGUUGCAGCUCCUCAAAGGCGGGACUUCUGAGCUCGCUGGGCCUCUGAAGGGCUCAGGUGGAGAGGGGAGAGUUGGGACCCAUUGUCCCUUGCCCUUCCUCUCCUCCGGCAGAGGCCGACUCCGCAGAAGCGAGGGUCGCAGAGCUGGUGGCUGGGUCAGCGGAAAUGCCCCUCCUGGGGUGAAGUCUCGGGACAUCUGAGGAAGCGAGUUUGUGUCCCUGGGGAUUUUAGUCUCUACCUACUUUUGGAACCAGAAUUGAAGAAUGACUCUUGAAGCCGGAAUGGGUGACAGCGUCAUCACGGUAUUUUAUUGACCAUGGAUUCUUAUGAUACAUCAGAAUCGACUCCUAGGCACAGUGCAUCCUCAAGGCUUAAAGAUUACUUUAUAGGUGCCACCCCUUUGCAGAAACGAUUAGAAUCAGUCAGGAAGCUGACUUCAUUUAUCCCAACUCCACCUCGAAGGAAAAUUCCUCAGUGUUCACAAUUACAGGAAGAUAAUGAUCCUCAAAAAGUUGCAUUCCUUCUGCAUAAACAAUGGACUUUAUAUAGUCUAACUCCCCUAUAUAAAUUCUCCUAUACUAAUCUCAAAGAGUAUUCUAGACUUCUGAGUGCAUUUAUUGCUGCUGAAAAGCAAAAAGGGCUUGCUGUGGAAGUGGGAGAAGACUUCAACAUCAAAGUGACUUUCUCCACUCUCCUAGGAAUGAAAGGAACACAAAGAGACUCUGAAGCGUUUCUCGUUCAGAUUCUGUCAAAAUCUCAAUUGCCAUCUGAGAACAGAGAACAUAAAGUGUUGUGGACUGGUUGGUUCUGCUGUAUAUUUGGAGACAGUCUUCUAGAGACUGUUUCAGAAGAUUUCACCUGUGUACCCUUAUUCCUUGCAAAUGGAGCAGAGACAAAUACAGCCAUAGUAGGAACCUGGUUUCAGAAAACUUUUGAUUGUUAUUUCAGUCCCUUAGCAAUCAAUGCAUUUAAUCUUUCCUGGAUGGCUGCUAUGUGGACUGCAUGCAAAAUGGAACAGUAUAUGGCUGCUACCGAAUUUCUUUGGUCUGUACCCUGUAGCCCUCAAAGUCUGGACAUUUCUUAUGCCAUACAUCCAGAAGAUGCCAAAGCUUUGUGGGACAGUGUCCACAAAACACCUGGAGAAGUUACUCAGGAGGAAGUUGACUUAUUUAUGGACUGCCUUUAUUCACAUUUCCAUAGGCAUUUCAAAAUUCACUUAUCAGCCACAAGAUUGGUCCGUGUUUCCACAUCUGUAGCUUCAGCACAUACUGAUGGAAAAAUAAAGAUUCUGUGUCGUAAAUACCUUAUUGGAGUCUUGGCAUAUUUGACAGAACUGGCAAUUUUUCAAAUUGAUUGAAGUCUUGUGGGGAUGAUACAUGAUGGAUUAUAUACUUCUUUCUCACUGAUUAUUUGCCUAAUUGCUAUGCUGAGAGGGCCUGCAGGAGAAAUACGCAUCUGUCUCUGCAUCUGUUUUCCUCUCAGUGCCUUUGGAAUUGCCCAGAUGGAAUUCAAGAAGGAUCUAGAAGAACAAAGAAGGUGGUAGUAAAUGAAUCACAGCCAGGUGCUCGAUAAUAGUCAUGAUGAUCUGGGAUGCCAGAUUCUAGAAAAUGCUGAGUUGUUAUUUUCUUGGACCAUCUUUCUAAAAAAUAUGUAAUGUUUAUUACAUUAAAUUUUUAGGAUUCAAAUGAGGUAUCUCUAAUAUUAUUUCUGAUUUGGAUCUUUAAAACCUUCAGUUCCUUUUAAGCAUUUUAGAGUUGGGUCCAGAGGGAAUUUCUGUCUUCUAAAGACAUUUUCCUAGUAUCAUUUCACUGUAAAGAAUUGACAAUUAAAAUCUCCUCCAAAGGAAACUAGAGAUUAAUAUACACUUUUUAAGCCACUAAUAUGCUUCUGUUUUUAAUACUGUUCAAUUCUUAUUGCAAUGUUGAAUUAAAUACUCACUUUUAAAAUGAAGCAGUGUUUUUAUUAGUGUCUUGGUGACAGAUCUUUAAUUAAUGUCUCAGAAAUGAGAAAUCAUAGGCUUUUUCUCUAGCACAAAUGUUACAAGCCAACAAUUAUAUGGAAUCAAAGGCAACUGUGAGCUGCUUUUGAGGGCAGAAAUUAUUUAACUUUCAUGUCCCUAAUUUUGCUUUAGCACAGUGCUUAGUAAAUAUCUGCAGAUUAAGUGAAUGCAUUUUAACCAACUCUUCCAUUUUAUAGAUGCAAACUAUGAGAUCAAGCAACUUAGGAGACUUGCCCAAGAUGCUGUAUCUAAAUCUCUGAAUCUCUUCUUUUAAUUUAUUGAGCCCCAGAAGAUUUUGUUUUACUUUAUAAAUGAUGUUUUUAAAAAUUUGUUUGAAAGGAAAUAAUUUUAAUAGGCUGUCAUUCUAAAAACAAAGAUUGAUUUCUGGAAUGGGGUAUUAUUUCACAUAUACCAUGAAUAGCAGAGAUAGUGGAAAAAGCAUGGGCUUUGGAGUCAGACAGCCAUUCAUUUAACUAACAUUAAGCUCCUACAGUAUACUUGGAAUUGUAUUGGGCAACAGGGGUAUAGCAAUGAAGACAAAAAAGAUCCCUGUCAUGUGGAAAUUAUAUUCUAGUGGAGGAAGGUAAAAGAUAAUUUCAGUUGAGAUAAAUGUUAUAAAGAAAAUAAGGCAGUACAUUAUGGAAAGGGGUGACUUUUUAUACAGUUGUCAAAGAAGGUCUCUCUGAGGAAGUGACAUUUGAGCUGAGUCCUGAGUGGUGAGAGGGAACCAGCUAUGUGAAGGUGUGUGGAGGGGUUUGCUAGGCAAGUAAAAUGGCAAGAGCACAGGCCUUGAGAUAGCUAAGAACUUGGCUUAUUUGAGGAAUAAAGGAAGUUUGUGUGGCUGGAGCAUAGUGAAUAAGGGUGGAGUAGUAGUAGAUCAAAGUGAAGAGAUUGUGCAGCAGAGACUUAUUCCAUUGGUUAUGUCUCCCAAUUUUUGACUGGGCAUGUGGCUGUCCAGAAUAAAGAUGACCUUUUCUGGCCUUUCUCAGGUGUAAACUAUACCUAGGUAUAGUCAUAUGACUAAGUUCUGACUCACGGCCUAUAAAUGGAAGGAUCAUGUAGAGCUUCCAGGAAUCUUCCUUAAAAAACAGUGGGCAUGUACCCUUUGCCUUUUUCUUAUUCUUCUUCCAUCUUUUCUCUUUGGAACACAUAUAAUGACUGGAAUUCUAGCCAUUCUUUGUGGUCACGGGGAUGCAGGUCAGGUCAUAGGGCUGGUAGAGCAUGGUCUGAAAGGAGUUUGUGCCUCGAGGACUUCUUUUUUUUUUUUUUUUUUAAAGAUUUUAUUUAUUUGAGAUAGAAUGAGAGAGAGAGAGAGAGCACAUGAGAGGGGGGAGGGUCAGAGGGAGAAGCAGACUCCCUGCUGAGCAGGGAGCCCGAUGCAGGACUCGAUCCCGGGACUCCAGGAUCAUGACCUGAGCUGAAGGCAGUCGCUUAACCAACUGAGCCACCCAGGCGCCCUGCCUCGAGGACUUCUUAAAGCUAAACCCCACUGCCACCCUUGGGUGGUCUUCCUCUAGACUUACAUGUCAGAGAACUUUUUUUUUUUUAAGAGAGGGAGGGUUGGGGGGGCAGAGAGGGGGAGAGAGAGAGUCUUAAGCAGUCUCCACCUCCAGCGUGGAGCCCGACACGGGGCUCGAUCUCACAACCCUGAGAUUAUGACCUGAGCCGAAAUCAAGGGUCAGUGCUUAACCGACUGAGCCACCCAGGUGCCCCAGAAAAGUAAACUUUUAUCUUCUACAAGCUGUUGCUAUUUUGGGUCUCUUGCUCAUAGCCAAACCUAAUCCUGAUAGAAAGAGGCAGGAUCUACAUCAUCUAAGUUUUUGUAGAUACUGUGAAGAGAUUGGAUUUUAUUCUAAAUGCAAUGAGAAGCCGCUGACGUUUUAAGCAGGAGAGUAAUAUUACCGAAUCUAUGUUUUAUAAGAUAUGAGGGAGAAUGAGUUAUAGGUGGACAAGAGUGAAAGGAAAAACAGUUAAAAGAUUAUUGGAAAUGGUACAGUCUCUAUGGAGAAAUUAGCAAUAUCUAGCAAAAUUAUGUGGGAUUUAUCCUUUGACCAGCAAUCCCACUUCUAGCAUUCUAUCCCCAAAAUUCACUGGCAAAAUAUAAAUGAAGCGUGUACAAGGUUAUCUAUAGUGUUAGUAUAGCAAUAGUAUUUGUAAUAGCAAGACUGAAAAAAGUCCAAAUGCAUAUCAAAGGGGGAUUGUUUAUGGUGUAGCUGCACAGUGAAUUACUACUAUGUGACUAUAAAAAGGUUUGAAGAAGAUAUCUAAUACUGCCAUGGAGUGAUCUUGAUCUCUAAGAUGCGUUGUUGAAAGAGCAUCAUGUAGACAGUGUAUAUAUAGUAUGCUAUCUUUUACGGAAGGAAUGGGUGAAAUACGAGUUUGUGUGUGUAUUUCCUUUAUGUUUCCAAAAAACAAUGGAAGGAUAAACCAAAAACUAAUGAAAGUGGUUACUAAUUAGGGGGAAGGAAGGAACUGGGUAAAGGGGACAGGAAUGAAAGUUAAAACUUAUUUGAAUGUUCCUUGUUUAUAGUUUGGAACCAUGUAAGUGUUUUAUAUAAUUACAUAACAAAAUUGGAUCAAAAAGAAAAAGCAAUCCUUAAAAAUUGAAAAUAAACCUAACUAUAUUAAGUUCAUGCCAUAAUCACACAGAGUUAUUUUUAGUAUCUUUAAAUCCUCGUAUUUUGACUGUAUGUUGUCAGCUAUAUCUUAGGAAAAGAGCAGCAAAGGAAUUUAAGUUGUACUCAAGAUAACUGAGUACAACAUAUAAAAACUGAGUAUAAAACAUGUAAGAAUGUUAUGAAUCAAGAUAUGCAAUUAUAAAAUAAAGUAAGCUAAGUAGAAACUCUGUAAUGUUAAAUUUGAAUUGGAAAUACCAGGGUGAACUCAUUUAUUUUCAAAAUGUAAAAGUUUUUAAUUUUGAUGAAGUCUAGCUUAUCAGUUAUUUUAUUUCUUACGCCUUUGGUGUUGUGUCUAAGAAAUCUUACUGCUUAAUCUGAGGUCUCAAAGGGUUACUCCUUUGUUUUUUUAAGGAUCUUAUAAUUUUAGCUUUAAAUUGAGGUCUGUAAUCCAUCUUGAGAUUUUCUGUAUGGAGUGAGGUAAGCAUCCAAACUCAUCAUUUUGCAUAUUCAUUCAUUCAUGUCAUUCAUUUGUUCUAGUACCAUUUAUUAAAAAGGCUAUUUUCCCAUGUUGCCUCUGUCACCUUUCUUAAAAAUCAUUUGGCCGUAGAUGUUUAUUUCUGGACCCUGUUCUAUUUCAUUGAUGUGAGUACCACACUGUCUUGGUUACUGUAGCUUUGUAGUGCACUUUGAAAUCAGGAAGUGUGAGUCUUCCAGCUUUUCCUUCUUUUUUCUAAGAUUGUUUUGGUUAUUCUGGGUCUUUUGCAUUUCCAAAGAAUUUUAGGAUCAGCUG